GGAAAACAGGCAAGAUGGAAGAAGUCCUGAAGAAGCUGCAGAAGGAAGCGUCGGGGAACAAAUACAAGGCGAUCAAGGAGAGCUGCACCAGAGCCAGCGAAACUUUAGAAUCCUCAGAGGCUGCUAUCAAGAUCCCUCCAUAUCAGCUAAGGGAGAAGUGUCUCUUUCCACUCCAGCUCGCUUUGGAAAGCAAGAAUGUGAAGCUGGCCCAGCAUGCUCUCACAGGGAUGCAGAAGCUACUGUCUGAUGAGAGAUUUGUAACCAUGGAAACAGACUCUGAUGACAAGCAGUUGCUUAAUCAGAUGCUGAAUGCAGUCAGAGUGACUCCUUCCCUCAACGAAGACCUGCAGGUAGAAGUGAUGAAGGUCCUGCUCUGCAUAACAUACACUCCAACGUUUGAGCUGAAUGGGAGUUCCAUACUUAAGAUUGCUGAGGUUUGCAUUGAAACCUAUGUCUCCAGUUAUCAUCAGAGGAGUAUUAAUACAGCGGUGCGGGCAACCCUCAGCCAGAUGUUGAGUGAUUUGACUUUACAGUUACGGCAAAAACAAGAAAAUAUGAUAACUGAAAGCCAAGGAGUUCUUCAGGGGUUCAAGAGCCCAGAUGCUACAACAGAGUCCCUUUGUGAUGAUGUUGUCUCUGUCUUCACGGUUCUCUGUGAAAAACUUCAGUCAGUCAUCAGUGAGAAUCAGCAAUUGCAGCUUCUCUUCCUGGAAUGCAUUCUCUCAAUGCUGAGCAGUUCCUCUCCUACUAUGCACCACCAUAAAGGAUUCACAGACCUCAUAUGGAAGCAGCUGUGCCCAGCCCUCAUAGUGAUCUUGGGAAAUCCUCUCCAUGACAAAACAAUCACCUCUGCUCACAGCAGCACCUGCCACGAGGCAGAUUCCCCUUCGUCAGGGGUCUCUGAUCACGGACGAGGCUCAGGUUGUUCUUCAACUGCUCCUGCCCUCAGUAGUCCUGUUGCCCGGACCAUCUAUUACAUUGCUGCAGAACUCGUUCGACUGGUGGGAUCAGUGGAGUCCAUGAAGCCUGUGCUGCAGUCCCUUUACCACCGCAUGCUUCUGUAUCCCCCACCUCAGCACAGAGUAGAAGCCAUCAAGAUCAUGAAAGAGAUACUUGGCAGUCCUCAGCGUCUCUGUGACUUGGCGGGUCCCUGCUCUACUGAACCAGAAUCCAGAAAGAGGUCCAUUUCAAAAAGAAAGUCCCAUCUGGAUCUUCUCAAACUUAUCCUGGAUGGGAUGACUGAAGCUUGCAUCAGAGGUGGUAUUGAAGCUUGCUAUGCCUCCGUGUCUUGUGUCUGUGCCCUGCUUGGAACCCUAGAUGAGUUAAGUCAAGGGAAAGGCCUGGAUGAGGAGCAAGUCCAUCUGCUUCUUCGACGCCUGGAUGAGCUCAAGGACGGGGCUGAGUCCAGUAGAGAUUCCAUGGAGAUCAAUGAUGCUGAUUUCCGGUGGCAAAGACGGAUUCUGUCAUCAGAGCUUACCCACUGGGAUGCAGGCAAUGAAAAGAGUCCUGACAUUAGUAUUAGCGUUACCACUGAUACUGGUCAGACGACCUUGGAAGGUGAAAUGGGACAGACGACUCCAGAAGACAAUUCUGAAAUUCGUAAGAGUUCUCUACAGUCGCCAGCUGGGCAAGCAGGCAAAGAAAUUCAUUACAAGGAGCCAGAAUCAGAAACCAUUGACCAGCCAGAUGUUGUUCAACGGAGCCAUACAGUUGUUUAUCCAGAUAUAACAAAUUUCCUUUCAGUUGACUGCAGGACACGUUCUUGUGGAUCCAGAUAUAGUGAGAGUAAUUUUAGUGUUGAUGAUCAGGAUCUUUCGAGGACUGAAUUUGACUCUUGUGACCAAUAUUCUAUGGCAGCAGAGAAGGAUUCUGGAAGGUCAGAUGUUUCAGAUAUAGGUUCAGACAACUGCUCAUUGGCUGAUGAAGAGCAGACACCAAGAGACUGUCCAGGUCACAAGUCAUUACGAACUGCUGCUCUUUCCUUGAAACUGCUGAAGAACCAAGAAGCAGAUCAACACAGUGCCAGGUUGUUUAUCCAAUCCCUCGAAACUCUUCUCCCUCGGCUUAUAGCUCUUCCUAAAGUAGAAGAGGUUGAUCUGGCCCUCCAGAAUUUCUCCUCAACUUUUUGUUCAGGUUUGAUGCAUUCUCCGGGAUUUGAGGGAAAUACUAGCUUCAGCUUCCAGACACUGAUGAAUGCUGACAGUCUCUAUAUGGUCUCUCAUUAUACUCUUCUGCUCAACCUGAAGCUGUCUAAUGCAGAUUACUACCGAAAGAAGCCUGCCCAAUGCCCUGUGUUAAUGAAGGAGUUCAUGAAGCAGGUCCAGUCCAGUGGAGUGUUGAUGGUUUUUUCUCAAGCUUGGGUUGAAGAGCUUUACCAUCAAGUCCUGGAGAGAAAUCUUCUUGGAGAGGCUGGAUAUUGGGGAAGCCCUGAAGAACACAGCCUUCCACUUAUCACCAUGCUAACAGACAUUGAUGGUCUGGGGAGCAGUGCCAUAGGCGGGCAACUGAUGGCUUCUGCAUCUCCGCAGUCUCCUCUCAGCCAAACCAGGAAGCCAAAUGAUGCCGUUAUGGCAGGUGUCUCUUUUGCCCGAUACCUGCUAAUUGGUUGUUGGAAGAAUUUGAUUGACACCUUAUCAACGCCUCUGACUGGCCGCAUGGCAGGGAGCUCCAAAGGACUGGCAUUCAUCUUAGGAGCCGAGGGCAUCAAGGAGCAAAACCAGAAGGAGAAGGAUGCCAUCUGCAUGAGUCUGGAUGGACUGAGGAAGGCAGCCCGGCUCAGCUGUGCUUUAGGGGUUGCUGCUAAUUGUGCAUCUGCCCUUGCGCAGAUGGCUGCUGCUUCGUGUGUUCAAGAGGAGAAAGAAGAAAGGGAGGCCCAAGAACCCAGUGAUGCCAUUGCUCAAGUAAAACACAAAGUGGAGCAGAAACUGGAGCAGAUGGGGAAAAUGCAAGGGGUGUGUCUCCACACAGCUCAUGUUUUGUGCAUGGAUGCCAUUCUCAAUGUGGGGCUGGAGAUGGGAAGCCACAAUCAAGACUGCUGGCCUCAUGUAUUCAGAGUGUGUGAGUACAUCAGCACCCUGGAACAUGCUCACUUCAGUGACGGCACAUCUCAGCCACCGGUAACUAUUACUCAAGCGCAACAGGCCACAGGAGGGCUUCAGGAUGUUCAGUCUACAGAUUCUCCCCAGGAAUUGGAGCCAGAGUCUACACUGAGGAACAAUCCCAUCAUCCAGCCAGUUUCCAUUCAGGAGCUCAUCAAAGAGAGCAGCAAGGGAAGGACUUUUGACUUCCGUGGAGGCAGCCUGAUGAAUGGGAGUAGCGCUGCCAAGGCUAUCCUCACCCUUUCGACUCAGGCUGACAGGUUAUUUGAAGAUGCUGUUGACAAGUUGAAUCUGAUGGCAUUGGGAGGUUUCCUCUAUCAGCUGAAGAAAGCCUCUCAGUCCCAGCUCUUCCACUCUGUAACAGACACUGUUGAUUACUCGUUGGCAAUGCCAGGGGAAGUAAAAUCCACCCAAGACAGGAGAAGUGCACUCCAUUUGUUCCGUCUAGGAGGGGCCAUGCUCCGAAUCGUUAAGAGUAAAUGCCGCCCUCUGCUUCACCUUAUGCGCUGCUGGAACCUGGUGGCGCCUCAUCUAGUGGAAGCUGCCUGUCAUAAGGAAAGGCAUGUUUCACGGAAGGCUGUCACUUUCAUCCAUGAUAUCCUAACUGAGGUUCUGACAGACUGGAACGAACCCCCUCAUUUUCACUUUAAUGAGGCACUCUUCCGCCCCUUUGAGCGCAUCAUGCAGCUGGAGCUGUGUGACGAGGAUGUCCAGGACCAGGUGGUCACAUCAAUAGGGGAGUUGGUGGAGGUGUGCUCGACUCGGAUCCAGUCAGGCUGGAGGCCCUUGUUCAGUGCACUCGAAACAGUGCGCAGUGGCAGCAAAUCGGAGGUUAAGGAAUAUCUUGUUGGAGAAUAUUCGAUGGGAAAAUGCCAGGCUCCUGUGUUUGAUGUCUUUGAAGCGUUUCUAAAUACAGACAACAUCCAGGUUUUUGCAAAUGCAGCCACCAGUUAUAUCAUGUGCCUUAUGAAGUUCGUCAAAGGAUUGGGAGAAGCAGAUUGCAAGGAGAUUGGCGACUGUGUGCCAGGGUCAGGAUCCACGUCUACAGACUUGUGCCUUCCUGCUCUUGAUUACCUCAGGCGGUGUUCUCAGUUGCUUGCCAAAAUCUACAAAAUGCCCUUGAAGCCUAUUUUUCUCAGUGGGAAACUUGCUAACUUACCCCAAAGAUUACAGGAGCGACCCAUAAGCGGUGAGGAUGGCAUUGAGUGUGUCCUUUCUGAGUUUGAUGAUGACACAGGCCUUAUUAAUGUCUGGAUCAUUCUGCUGGAAGAGUUGACAACUGCCAUAUCCAACUGUCCCCGUCAGCACCAGCCUCCCACCCUGGAUUUGCUCUUUGAACUACUGAGGGAUGUUACCAAAACACCUGGCCCUGGAUUUGGUAUUUAUGCGGUUGUACACCUUCUGCUCCCCACCAUGUCAAUUUGGCUUCAUCGCAGCCACAGUGAUCAUUCUUACUGGGAUGUGGCAUCUGCUAAUUUCAAGCAUGCUAUUGGCCUUUCUUGUGAACUAGUAGUGGAGCACAUUCAAAGUUUUAUACAUUCAGAUAUUGGCUAUGAGAAUAUGAUCAACACAAUGCUCAAAGACCUCUUCAAGUUACUGGUAGCUUGUGUGGCAGAACCCACAGAAACUAUCUCUAGAGUUGGGUGCUCAUGUAUCAGAUAUGUGCUCGUGACUGCUGGCCCUGUUUUUACAGAGGAAAUGUGGAGGUUGGCAUGCUGCGCGCUACAGGAUGCCUUCUCAGCUACUCUUGAGCCAGUGAAGAAUCUGUUGGGCUAUUUCCACAGUGGUUCUGAGAACUUCAGCAGUGAUGCCUGUGAGGUGAAAGUGGCAGCCCCUUCCCUCUCACCUAGUGCCGAAGCCGAGUAUUGGAGAAUACGGGCCAUGGCCCAACAGGUGUUCAUGUUAGACACCCAGUGUUCCCCCAAGACACCAAACAACAAGGAAGGAUUUGAACACGCUCAGUCCUGUGUGCUUAUCAUUGAGUUGCCUCCUGACAAGAAGCCCAAUGGCCAUACGCAGAAAAGCAUCCCUUUCAGAACAAUCGUCGUAAGCCUGCUGUCCCACCAAGUCCUCCUGCAGAAUUUAUACGAUAUUUUGUUGGAAGAGUUUGUGAAGGGGCCCUUUCACUCCGAAGAGAAGGUGGUGCAACAGCUGCCCGAAACCAAGCUGGCUGGCUUCCUCAGGUACAUUUCUAUGCAGAAUUUGGCUGUCAUCUUCGACUUGCUUCUGGAUUCCUACCGAACAGCCAGAGAAUUUGAUACGAGGACUGGGUUGAAGUGCUUGCUCAAAAAGGUAUCUGGCAUCGGGGGAGCCGCCAACUUGUACCGCCAGUCGGCAAUGAGCUUCAACAUCUACUUCCACACCUUGAUCUGUGCCAUUGUUACUAACCAGGAAAACAUCACUGCAGAACAGGUGAAGAAAAUCCUCUUUGAAGAGGACGAAAGGAGCACCGACUCAUCCCAACAGUGCUCUUCAGAAGACGAAGACAUUUUUGAAGAGACGGCUCAAGUAAGCCCGCCAAGGGGGAAGGAGAAGAGACAGUGGAGGGCCAGGCUGCCGUCUCUGAGUGUUCAGCCUGUCAGCAAUGCAGACUGGGCUUGGUUAAUCAAAAGGCUUCACAAGCUAUGCAUGGAACUAUGUAACAACUACAUUCAAAUGCAUCUGGAUUUGGAAAAUAGUGUAGACGAGCUACCGGUCUUCAGAGGAGACCCUUUCUUCAUGAUUCCAUCCUUUCAGUCUGAAACAUCCACCCCAUCUACUGGAGGCCUGUCUGGGAAGGACACGCCUUCAGAAGAUGACAAAAGCCAGGUGAGGGACUCGCUCACAGAGACUGUCACUCCUAAGGGGGGAAGUGGAGAUAUAUUGCUUCUUCCCCCUUUGAGCCCCAAAACAGAGAAGAAAGACCAAGGCAGAAAAAAAGAAUGGUGGGAGAGCGCUGGCAACAAAAUCUACACGAUAGCCACAGACAAAACCAUAUCAAAGCUCAUGACAGAAUACAAGAAGCGGAAACAGCAACAUCACUUGGCCACUUUCGCCAAAGAGAUGAAAGCUGACAAGAAAGGGGACCCGCUAAGCACGAGGGGGCCUGAUUCCCCACUCCCACAAAGGCCACAAAAUCUGGUGGAUCAAGGCCAAAUGAGGCAUUCCUUCAGUGCAGGGCCAGAGAUCCUGAGGCAAGAGAAGAGGCCGCGUUCUGGGUCGACAGUCAGCUCGCUCAAUAUAUCUGUCCGGGAUGGGGAGGCGCAAAUACAGGCAUGGACCAACAUGGUACUGACAGUUCUUAACCAGAUUCAGUCCCUUCCAGACCAGAUCUUCACAGCUCUCCAGCCAGCAGUGUUUCCUUGCAUCAGUCAGCUGACUUGUCAUGUGACUGACAUUCGGGUUCGUCAGGCUUUGAGAGAAUGGUUGGGAAGAGUGGGAAGAGUUUAUGACAUCAUUGUGUAGAAAGUACUAGUUGCAUUGCCAAGUAGCAACUAAACUUGAGGCACUUGAAGGCAGUGCGGUGAUUGAAAAGUUAUCUUUUAAAUUGGUAAAGGGAUGUACACCUAACUGCCAUUUGCUGGUCAUUAUUAACUGGCAAUUUCUAUCACAUGCUGUUAACUGCUUAAGAGCACAAUCUAAUUUUGCUCAUGCCUACAAAAGAACAUCAUAUGAUAGUGUGCUCAUGCACUGAGUGUCAACAAAUAAUAAUGUGUAUUCAAUCUGAAAAUGCUAUUAAGUCAGGCUGAUACAUGAGAACUCAGCACAUUUAACGUUGCAUAAUUUUUGUGGGUGAAAAUGUUAGC